AUGAGCGAUCCGAUAUCCGAAGCGGAGACGCUCAAGGCAGAAGGAAACGCACUCUUUACGCAGAAGAAAUACAAAGACGCCGCAUGUAAGUACACGGCGGCUAUUGAGCUCUGCCCUCAGAACGCCGUCUUUUGGUCAAACAGAGCCGCAUGCUACCUCAACCUCAAACGGUAUUCUGAUGCUGCUACCGAUGCAAAGCAUGCGACAGAGCUCGACGCGUCUUUCGCACGAGCCUGGGCAAGGCUUGCAACAGCGAAGCAGCACCUUGGAUCAUGGAUACAAUCUAUAGAGUCAUGGGAAAAAGCAAUCUCUUGUCUCCCGAAUGAGAAUCGCUCCCCAGCCGAAGAGAAGCAGGCCAAAGAGUACGAGGACAUGCUGGCGAAGGCGAGACGGGCAUUGGAGAGUGUAGAGAAUCACGCUAAAAAUCUUGGAAAGGACAACGUCGUCAACAAUUCCGAAGGUGGCAAGAUGCCCUGGGAGAGGGCAACGAGAUUCAUUGAAGAGGUCAUUGCACAGGGCGGAGAGGAUGGUCAAUUUAGCAGUGCGUGGCAGAUCCUUGGCGCCUAUGAAUCAUGGGAAGAAGCUAUGGAACGCAUGAACGAGAUCAAGAAGAUGGAAACGAAUGGACAAGUCGCGUUAACAGGCAGAGUUGGGGCUAUCGAGCAAUUCUCAAACGCAAUCAUCUACGACAGCCGUGUAUUCCACAUUGAGGACUCUCAAUUCAUGGUCAAGUACAAUGAUCAGGUGAAAUACGAAGCGUUUGUCCGGAAGGCUUGGACAGAAGGAGGGCCAGAGCUUAUUCUUAGAGAGGCCCAGGAGCGCUUGUCUAAGUCCGGCUGGGAUAGCGUGCGUCCCGCGCUGUCGGUAACAGGUCGAGCUUACGUCCUUCGCGCAUUUCUGACAGCGGGCUUGAUGGAAGACAGCGCAGCAGCUGUUUCAUUCUAUAAUGAUGCGAUCGGCAUUCUUGAAGGUGGAAAGGCCCUGUGGUCGAAUGUGACUGAUGAAAUGCGUGGGGCGAUCUUUGCUCCCACAUUCAUCCGUGGCAUCAAGGGACUAAGGCUCGAGUCGUACAUGACGGCCUACAAGCAAGGAACCAAAGGAUUCACCGUGAAGAAACUUAAAGACCUUGCAGUAGAGCUCGAGGAGGACAUCCGAGGCAAUCCACCUCGUGCCGAUCAAAUGUUCGGUCCUGGAUUCAUACUAGCAUUUUACAACGCUCCACUUGCUCAAGCCUUGGCGAUGCGAGCUCUUUACGAGCGAGAACUCGCAGAAAAGGGUGAAGAGCCCAAAGAAGUGAAACAACACCUUGCGCGCGCGGGUGAGUUAUAUGCCGAAGCUGCAAGUCACCUGGCGCCAGACGAUGAGGUUUAUGCUUGGUUCCUCAACUUGGCCCUCGGCGUCCUUUGGCAAGGCGGAGCUGCACUGAGAGUCACCCUUCCUCUGAUGGAGAAGGUGAAGUCCUCUGUACCAAAGAUGAAGCGUAUUUGGGAGCAUUCCCAGCUUGCUCUUGGUGGACGAGAUCAAGUCCUACAGAAGACUCUCCGGUUUGAGGAGGACAUUCAGAGGCCUUGGCAGAAGGGAAGAUCACCUUAG